AUGUACGCGGACGCGCUGUACAAGUUCAAGAGCAAGGUGAUCUGCACGCUCGGGCCGGUGUCCAGGGAAGUCCCGGUCCUGGAGAAGAUGCUGCGCGCGGGGAUGAAAGUCGCGCGGUUCAACUUCUCGCACGGCGAACACUCGUACCACCAGCACACGCUGGAUAACCUGCGGAUCGCGAGCGCGAACACGGGCAUCCUGUGCGGCGUCCUCCUCGACACCAAGGGCCCGGAGAUUCGCACCGGGUUCCUCGCCAACGGAGACGCCGUGCAUCUCACCGCCGGGAGCGAGGUCACGCUCACGACGGACUACGAGCACAAGGGCGACGAGACGUGCAUCGCGGUGUCGUACAAGAACCUCGCGAAGGACGUCCGCCCGGGGUCGAAGAUUCUCGCCGCCGACGGAAGCAUCACGUUCACCGUCUUACAGUGCGACGUGACCGGCGGCAAGGUCACCGCGCGCGUGGAGAACAACGCGAAGCUCGGGGAGAGGAAGAACAUGAACGUCGUGGACCUGCCCACGAUCACGGAGAAGGAUACGAACGACCUCUUGGAAUGGGGCGUGAAGAACAAGGUGGACUUCAUCGCCGCGAGUUUCGUGAGGAAAGGGAGCGACCUCGAUCACAUUCGCGAGGUCUUGGGCCCCGCGGCGGCGACGAUCUCGAUCAUAAGCAAAGUCGAGAAUCAAGAGGGCUUGGACAACUUCAAGGACAUCGUGGACAAGUCCGACGGCGUCAUGGUCGCGCGCGGGGACCUCGGGAUGGAGAUCCCGAUGCACCAGAUUUUCCUCGCGCAAAAGCGCAUGAUCAAGCGAUGCAACGAGCAAGGCAAGCCGGUCGUGACCGCGACGCAGAUGCUCGAGUCCAUGACCGGCGCGCCGAGGCCGACGCGAGCGGAGGCGACGGACGUCGCGAACGCCAUCUUGGACGGCACCGACUGCGUCAUGCUCAGCGGCGAGACCGCCGCGGGCGGGUAUCCGGUGGAAGCCGUGAGCGUCAUGGCGCAAAUCUGCGCGGAGUCCGAGGCGCACAUCGACUCGGAAGCGCAGUUUCGCCGCAUCCUCGAUCGCCAGAAGGUCCCGAUGGACUCGAUCAAGGAGUCGCUCGCGUCUACCGCGGUCCGGUGCGCGCACAAGGUCGGCGCGCGGUUGAUCAUAUCCCUCGCGCGGACCGGAAAGCUCGCGCAGUACAUCGCGAAGUAUCGCUCGCCCGUGCCGAUUUUGAUGUUGAUUCUCGACGAGGAAGGCGUGGAGGCGGCGGAGAGCGUCGCGCGUCGGAGCCUCGUGUACCGCGGGAUCGUCCCCGUCGUCGUGAAGACUGCGGACCAUCCGCCGGGGAACUACCGCGAGCAGAUGCUCGAGGCGUUGAAUCACGCGAAAGCGAUGGGGCUCGUGAAGACGGGGGAUCAAGUCGUCGGGUUGCACGCUCUCGGGAAAGAUUCGGUGAUGAAGGUGCUCGAGGUGCACUAAAUAAACGGUCUUCGUGGGAGCGUUAUUAUCUCCCCCGCCGUGUAAAAGCCACCACGUGGUUCAUUGGUUCGUUGAUUCGUUGAUCUGAUAAUAUGUACACAUUCA